CUCAAGCGUAGCGAAUCCCAUUACUUCACUUCCUGCCGGGCAACCAACCAACCAACGAGCCGGUCCAAACAAAAUAAUGAAAAACUGAAAAUACCAUUUUCCAUUGGGAAAUAUAUUUUAUUUUCUUUAUAAGAAAAUCAAAUUUUACAAGGCUAAGACAAAGCGGCGGAAUGGGAUCCCAUAUUAGGAAACGCGUUUUAGCGUUAUGCGCGCUUUUUUUGUUAGUGACUCGAAUCAGUUCCCUUCCUCUGCAAUCGGUUUAUCGUACUGUCCAGGGCAGCUCUCCAUGGCAGCUUUACAGACCUGAGCUCAGCUGGAUACCACAGCAGAACCGCGUGUCUGGGCCCGUGCGGCGUGACCAAGCGGAAGUAGACGGUAGCGGCGGGAACGGCUCGGCGCAGGGGCAGGAGGACAGUGACGUGGAUACAAAUGUAGGGAGCUUGGUGCACGGGCGAGAGGAUAGUGCCACUGAUGAAAACACUGCGAGCCUAGUGCAAGGGUCGGAGGAUAGUACCACUGGUGCAAACACUGUGAGCUCAUUUCAUGGAUCGGUGGAUAACACUGAUCUGUCGUUAGAGCAGCCAGACCUUCCAAGUGAUGAGAACUUUGUUGUGAAGGAAGAGGUGCCAAAGUUAAGCGACAUUCUCCCUCGUUUGAGUAAGAAUGCGACCGCGAGUGCUCACGGGAACGCCUCUUUCGCCGCAUCUGCGAAUAACCGAGACAUCGUGAAUUUCCUUCAGUCACCAGAAAAAGAAGACCAAACUUUGCCCGCAUAUUCUCAAGGUCCAGGCCUUUCAUCUAGCAGCAUGGGAACAACAGACGAAAUGUACGGAGACCAUUCAAAGUAUGUACUUAGAAAUACGAUUCCACAACCGCAGUUCGCGUAUCAAAGUCAGGCAAAAAGUACAGUGCCAAUGUCACGUGGUAGCCAAGACACACGUUGGAAUCUUUUACCAUGGUCGUCAUCAUGGAAUCUUCAAAUCCCACAGGUGAGAAGCUUCCUGCCUUCCCAGACGGGGCAGUACCUUAGAAACCCUGUUUACACGCGCUCGGGUCUCCCACAGACACACGUCAACACAAACAACGUACAAACAAGAGCUCGCAACCAUGGCAACACGUUAACAGGCUACCCAAGAUCAUACCCUCGCACAAACAGCGUGCAGGCAGAAGUGAGUAGUCCUGGAGACGCGCUAAAAAGUUAUACCCAGUCGUAUACAAAUAACGUACAAACAGGAGCCCGCAACCAUGGCAACACGUUCACAGGCUACCCAAGAUCAUACCCUCGCACAAACAGCGUGCAGGCAGAAGUGAGUAGUCCUGGAGAUGCGCUAAAAAGUUAUACCCAGUCGUAUACAAAUAACGUACAAACAGGAGCCCGCAACCAUGGCAACACGUUCACAGGCUACCCAAGAUCAUACCCUCGCACAAACAGCGUGCAGGCAGAAGUGAGUAGUCCUGGAGACGCGCUAAAAAGUUAUACCCAAUCGUAUACAAAUAACGUACAAACAGGAGCCCGCAACCAUGGCAACACGUUCACAGGCUACCCAAGAUCAUACCCUCGCACAAACAGCGUGCAGGCAGAAGUGAGUAGUCCUGGAGAUGCGCUAAAAAGUUAUACCCAAUCGUAUACAAAUAACGUGCAAACAGGAGCCCGCAACCAUGGCAACACGUUCACAGGCUACCCAAGAUCAUACCCUCGCACAAACAGCGUGCAGGCAGAAGUGAGUAGUCCUGGAGACGCGCUAAAAAGUUAUACCCAGUCGUAUACAAAUAACGUGCAAUCUGGAUGGAAAAGUCAAAGGCAAAAACCUGAAAGUGGAAGUCAAUCCGAGGAUGCGCUCAGAGAUCCACAAAUUCCAGGCUACUACAAGGCAAGAGCUUCAACUAGCAGCAGUAACUCAAACAUCCGAAACUCUUUAAACCGGAAUUUAGGUCGCGUUUACUCUAAUCCUUUUGGUAAAACAGCACAGCUUCAAAGUACGAUAAAUCGAUCCCAAGCACAGGGAUACCGUAACCUUGUAUCCCCAAAAAGCGCGCGAGGAAACGUACAGCCAACGUCGCAAAUCAGUGGACUACCACUAACAUGGAAUACAGGCGCCUUAAGCCCUCGGUUCUCUUCAUAUGUCCAAGCCAAAGGAAUCAAUACCGGCGCACAAGAUAACCCUUACAGUUCAGGUUAUCGCUCAAGACAGCCAAUUUUGCCCACUAAAAGACUUCUUGCGGUAAACUCCCAGUAUCCUUUGCGCUCACAAGCCCCCCAAAAGCAGCCUGGCUACUUCUAUAACUUGGACUACCAGGGCAGAAUAAAUCCGGCCACAAACAGCCGUCAAACACAAAACUCUCUGAAUUCGCUGCCUCCCUUCGACAGAAACUCGGCGUAUCUACAGACCGCCGGCUCCCAGAAUAGCCAGUCACAAACUGCCACUAAUACUAGACUUCAAGCUCUUAACUUCCGACAUAACGCUCUCGUAGAAGACCAAUUUGAAGACGCCGUACUCGAGUCAAAAGAAUCGGAGUACCAGUCACUUCCUGAAGAAUUCCAAGCGAACAAUUCAUCAAGUCUAAGUCCCACGAACUUCACUAGGGUAGACUACGGUAAACUGUUCUCGCCACAGAUGCAGUACAGUCCGGGCGGUGAUGGGUCGCUAGGAUAUGUGCGACCAAAAGGAGAUGUCCCCAGAAAAGGUUAUGGCAUGUACAAGGCGGCUAUCUACUUGGCUGACCUACUAAAGAAUGCGAGUGCGAGAAUGGACGAUGUCUCGUCCGGAGAUAACGACAUCCCGGACGAUCUGACGGGAGGCGCGGUGAGCCAGGGGUCAGGCGGUGAAGACGACAUACUGGUAGACAGUCACACGCCCAAAGAAUUCACCGACACAGACGCUAAGCUACUGCAAGGCGAGGGAAGCGGUAGUCAGCACAAUGUCAUGCGUGGAGGAAGUGGUGCUGGCUCCGGAAACUUAAAAGAGUCAGCUUUGCAAAUAGCUGACCAAACAGCUGAUACGCAGCCAAGCAUUGUUACCGCAGCCAAUGAACAAAACAGUGAACUGACAGCUGGCUCACAGCUGCCAAGUGACCAGGCCUUGCUUGCACAGCAGCCUAGUGACCAGGCCUUGCUAACACAGCAGCCUAGUGACCAGGCCAUGUUAACGCAACAGCCUAGUGAACAGGUCUUAAUGACGCAACAGCCUAGUGACCAGGCAUCAUAUAUUCAACAACCCAACGACCAGGCCUCGUUUACUCAACAAACAAGCGACCAGGCCUUAAUUGCUCCACAGCCAAGCGACAGCGCCUUAUUUACUCCACAACCAAGCUCAUUUGCUUCUCAACCAAGCGACCAGUCAUCAUUCACCCAACAGCCGAGUGACCAGGCUUUAUUUACAUCCCAGCCCUUUUCAACGCAGCAGCAGUACGUCCAUGCGUCAUUUAAUCAGCAGCCAAGCAGCCAGGCUCCGCAGACUCAGCAAUUUAGUGACCAAGCCUACCUAACGAAUCAGCCAAGCGACCAGGCCUUAUCAUUCCAGUCGUCAAAAGACCAGUCGUUGACGUUCAACGACCAAACUUCACAGCCAGGCGAACAGGCGCCGUAUUUACCGGCGUCAGAACAGCCUAGCAACCAGGCCUUGAGGGCACCACAGGGAGCCGUGUCUUACGCGUCGCCGGAAGUACAGAGCGAGGACCAGCAGGCUUCACAGCAGGACCAACAGGUACUGUCGUCGUACAGUGUCCCCGGCACCCCGCCCGGCACGUACCGCCGCAUCGUGUGUCAGAAUGCGACAGACACCAUCCAGUGCCCGAACAACGAGCGAAUCAACAUCCUCAACGCCGAGUAUGGAGAUAUGGAACAGUCCAACUGCUACGCACCGCAGAACGAUGCCAUGGUAACGCCGCAGACCUGCCAAACCCCGGGCGCAUACGAGUCAGUUAAGACAAAUUGUGAUGAUAUGGAGAAUUGCCAGUUGUCCGCCAACAAUGAGCUGUUUGGUGACGAGUGCGAAUCCGACCGGAAAUAUCUGGAUGUUACUUACAACUGCCUACCAGGGGAGGGGGCUCAACAAGCUCAGAGUUUUUCCCAAGGGCAACCACCUCAACAACCUCAACAACAAGCUUUCUACCAACAACAGCAACCCGCACUCCCAGCAUACGCAGCGCCCGCUGUUCCCCAGUACCCAGCACAAGCGCCGAUGACAAGCUAUGCCCCAGCUCCCGCGCUGCCGAACCUCAUGUCCUCAGCCCCAGUCUACCAGGCCUCGCCUCCACCACAGUGUGAUAUCUGCAACACGUGCAAUCAAUGCGAAGCCGCGUCUUAUUGUCAGCCUUGUCCAAGCUGUCAAUCAAUGUCAUGCCCAGCAAGACCGCCUCAGUUGCCAGGCAACUUGCAGCCACUUUGGCAACUGUGGAAUGAGAAGACCGCAGAUAUGAACAGCAUGGAGAUGUCCGCGCUGAUUUUCUCGCCCGUACCCAAGCUCCCACCAACUCCUAAAUCUUCAUCCGUGACAGAAGCCGAAGCAUCGGGGUCUGGAGACGACUCCGGGGACGAAAACUCCGACAAGCGCUCGCAUAUCAUUGUUCACAAGAAACACACGAAAAAAUCACAUGCAAACAAACCCGUUAAUCCAAUUAUUAAGCAUGUCAAGGCUGCAAAGAAGACCUCACACAAAACACAUUAAAGCAGGGAAGAAGAGAAAUAGAUUUUAACUUAAACAUGAAAUACUUCCCUUGAGAUGCGGGAACCUAGAUAAAAGAUGUUUUUUUUUGUUGUGGUCUUUUUGUUCGCUUUUAAAAAUGGAAGCAUACUAUCAUUGUGUGUAUUUGCAUUUCAACACUUGCUCCGAGUCUUUUUCAUAGACGGUCAUCAUCCCGUUGUCUUUGUCCAACUCUAUCCUAGCAAUAUUCUUUUAUUUGGGCAGUUUUACAAUUGAAAUUGAGGGAUUUAUUACAUUCGAAGACAACACAUGGUCUGUGGCAGACGGUUAGCAAACCAUCGAACUAUAUAUGUACAUAUACAAUUAUGGUAAUAAAAUGAGUUUUUUUAAGUAA